CUUUACCCAGGUGGCAAACCUAUUGUGACAGAUAUAGUAAAGCAAAGGACUUUCAGUCAAGGCAAGACGAAAGAAAGUCUGUUAUAUGCCUUAUUGGUAGCAGUGUUUAGUGAAGAGAGUCUGGCCAGGGGAAAACCAUGCAGCGUCAGAAAUGCUGUGAAAAAGCAAUGUGACAACACACAACCUCUGGAUCCACUUAAACUCCAUGAAAUAAAAGAGUGUGUGCUUCGACGAUUUCGUUUAUCAUCAGGUCAAAGCUGCAUGACGCAACAAGAAUUUAAUUCAAAAAUAAAUCAGAAAUGCGCAACUGUGAGGCGUGCGAGGAAAAACAAGUCCUCUUAAGAUAAGUCCACAGUGGCAUUCAACAAUAUUUUGUGAAACUGAUUAUUAGCAACCCUCAAUAUGUACAGUACAGAUCCUGUGAUAAAGUCAUUCUACAUAUUGAUUUGACUAUGUUAACAACUCAUACUGUAUGUACAGUAAAGAAAUAAAAUUUAUUUCAUCUAGAACCAUUAUGUAUUGACCAUGUAAGCAACCAAUACCAAUGAAAAGUUGAAAAUUUGUUGAAAAGUUAUAAAAUUGACAAUUUGUUGAAAAAGUAUAAAGUUGACAAUUUGUUGAAAAUUUGAAAAAAAAAACAAUAAAAAAAAUAUAUAGCUUGAUUAGUAUUUUGUAUGUGUAUAAUUAUUGAAUUUGUAUUUUAAGGAAUGUAGAAUUGAUUUAAAACAAAGGCAGUAAUCAUGCAUUUUGACUUGGUUUUUGCAGGAAAUAUAAUCUUGCAGGAGCACAAGUGGCCAAAUUUAUCUUGCAAAAUCCUGUUUCGAAAUUAGCUUGCAAGGCAUGUUCGCAAGCUUGCAAAAGCCUACAUAAUGGGGCUUCUGCAAGCAUACGGAGGCUAUUCGCAAGCUUGCGGAAGCUGUAUUUGCAAGCUUGCAGAAGCUUGCAAGGCCUUCGCAAGCUUGUGAAAGCCAUGUUCACAAGCCAUUGCUAUAUACAGCAAAUGCUAUAUUUGCAAGCUUGCAGAAUCUAAUUUACAUAUUUGGAACCCUGCAAGCUUGCAUGCAAGGUUGCACGUAAGCUUGCGGCAAGCAUACCUACUGCAAGCUUGUGCGCAAGUUAGUACAGAUUUCUAUAAGGGUAGUGAUCAACAAGCAGUCUAUUAGCUCCUGGUCAAGUAGGGACGUCCCUUUAGCACAGCGGUAUAAUCUACUGGCUUUUACAUAAGCACACACUAAUAUGUAUGCUAAUUUGCUUUUGUUUUUAGGCAGCAGGCACAUCCACAAUAGAUGAUAACAUCACUACAGAUACUGAAAUGUGUGAGACAUCUAUUCAGGCAUUAGACACAUCCACCAUGGACACUGAUUGUGAAGUCAAUAUGGUGUGCAUCAUUUACAGGACAAGUCAAGGUGACUCACUGAAAAUGUUUGUGGAAAGAACAUGGUGUUUAUUCAAGAGAGCAGCAGAGUUGAGACUUGCACUAAAGUCGGAUCGCUACAGAGAUAUAACUACAGAAGUCAAUUUGCAGCAACAUUCAGACAAUGCAAGGUACCACUCGAAAUGCUACAGAAAGUACACGGCCAUUAAAAGGCCAUCAAGUGGUUCCCAGAAGGAAUCUCCACCAAAGAAGCCAAAAACCCGGCGCAGAAGUUUGAUGCCACCAUCAGAUGAGAAAGGGUUAUUGAAGGGAUCCUGCAUAUUUUGUAUUUUGCGAUGAAAAACCAUCAACCAAAAGGAGGAGCCAUUGUCAGAUUGUCCUAUGAAAGAUGGUUGUGAUGCCAUAUUUAAAGCAGCUCCAAAAAGUAGCAAUGAGCGGGUGAAGGUUUUUGUUCAAAGUGGGGUUGAUUUAAUUGCUAAAGAAGCCCAAUGUCACAAAUCAUGCCGUUGAGAGUUUUUAAAGAAGUUGAUGGAGCCGAUCCAAAAACUGAAACGGUUUCAAAUAGGCAACUGCAUUCCAUUACCUUUGGAACAAUAUCAGCCCUAAUUGAGAUCGAUGUCAUUGGGAAUUGCAAAGUGAUGUUGUCUGCUUACACAUCACAGGCAUUAUUGAAGAAGAAUAAAGGACAAAUUUGGGGACAAGAUUUCAAUAUCUAUGUACAACCAUCGACAAGGAAAUUUUGUAUAAAAUUCUAGCAUGUCUGAUGCUGAUGCUAGAGCAAGCCUCCAUAACGAUGAUAAGAACCUACAUGUGAUUUGUACUGCAGCACUCCAGCUUCGAGCCACAAUGAAGACGAUGCCAAAAACUCUAACACCGAUACCAACAUCUGUAGAGGCACUAAAUGCAUGUUCACUUGACCUGCCAGAAGAAAUUGUGCUGUUUUACAAAACACUACUCUGUGGCCUUCGUGAACCUUCUGGAGAAGCAGUAAAUAUUAAAGUGCUAGGCAUGUCAUCAGAUGCAGUGUAUAACAUAUCAAAGGGUUCUGUAUGGCCUUGGAAACACACAGUACUUGGAUUGGGUCUAGGGACUUUAACUGGUUCAAAAUUAAUCCUACAUAUAUAUUGAAUCAUCUGGGACACAGCCCGAGCUACAACGAAGUCAAGUCAUUAGAGACCGAGUUUGCAUUUUCGGCUAAGGCAAAUGAUCAAGAUGCUCCUGACGGUGUUGAAAUGUUUUCCAACCAUGGCACAGGGCUUGCAUGGGAUAAUUAUGAUGUUAAUAUGGAUACAAUUGAUGGGAAAGACACCCUCCAUGCUACAGGUGGGAUCUGCUACCAGAACACACAAGAGGCCAACUCAAACCAAGCAGAUGACAUGCCAAGUGUUUCUAAUAUCAGAUGUGGGAAGAAAAGAAGGCAGUUUGAUGGAAAAGAACGUGAAAUCGAGCCAUAUUACAAGCAACUAAAAAAAGCCCAAUUUGACUUAUCAGUACCAAACAAUUAUCAGGAAACAACAAAGAGCCUUACAUCACUUCAUACAGUUGAUUUCUACUGGUUGCUUCUGUCCGAAGUUGAUAAGCCAUUGCCACUUUUUCCUGGAUUUUAUUCACAGUUCGUCGAUGACCUACCACAACAUAAAAUUAUGUACAUGGAUCCAAUAUCGGCCCCACCAACCAUAAACAAUGUUGUUCUUGAAACCAUUAAAAGUAUGAACGUCGCCAUUGAAACUCGUCAAGAAUAUGGUGUUGUUACCUACGACCUGGCUGUGGCUCUCAAGGCAUACUCGAUCCAGGCAUUAGAAGCACCUCUGUUCGAUAAGCUUCUCAUCUUGCUUGGAAACUUCCAUUUGGAGUUGGCCUUCUAUGGUGCUAUUGGGAUAUUUAUAGAUGAAAGCAGUGCCGAAUACCUGUUGACAGUGUAAAUGCUGUCGCAUAUUGGUUUUUUCUAUUUUGCUGCCCUCUCUAAAGUGUUGGCAAGGUAACGGGCACUACGCUACUGCAGGAAAGGAAUGUUCUAGAACCACCGAAUGCAAGCUGCUAGAGAAAUAUUCGUAUAAACAAAGAUUACUGUUUAGAAUAGUUUUAUAAACACUGUUGAAGCAGAACAAGUUCACCAGGCUAUGUACCCACACUAAGUUUACGUUUGUACAUGGUAUCAAUAUUCAGAUGUUUGAGAUGAAUAAAUGACCACUACUUUCAGUAAACCUAAGGGUACGAAGAUUUUGUUAUUGGAGUGUUAGCACAUGACACAAAAAAUCUUAAAUUUGGCCCAACUGCCCAAUACUGGAGCAUGUAUAUCCGUAUGGUAAACAGAAUCCACAGGAAUUUCAUGAGAGCCUUGCGUACCAACGACGUCAAUGCCUACAUCAACACAUUCCAUGAUAUGAUUGAUAUUUUUUUGGACUCAAUCGACCAAACUAUGCACGGUGGGGUGUGCUGUUUCUCAACCAACUAAUGAAAGCAACACCACAAAGUCGGGCAGUGCUCCAGGCAGGGGCCUAUUCCAUAAGGCGUACGGAAAAGUUUCUCAUGAUCUGCCAUUGACUUAACAUUGGAAUAGACAGUCAAUAGAGAUGCAGCAUCACCCAUGAGGAAUUGUAGGGUUUCACUACUCGUGGAAUGCCAUAAGAAGUGGUGCAUCACAUCAACCCAGCGUGGUAUGUCUGUGACAGAGCUAAGACGUAUGACAGGAUUAGAAACUGUACAGCAACCAGCGACACAGCUACGGCCCAGUAAGAUUAAGAAAGAUAGUCGCCAUAGAGAUGCUUUGUACAAUGCCAUCACAGAAUCAUGUGACCCCUUCUCAUCACCAGCAUCAACAUCUGAUUGUCUCUUGAACAUUGCUACAGGAAGAGCAGCUUCUCACGACAACCAACCGAAAAAGCAGAUCUUCAGAUAUUCAUUUGCAAGCCUAUCCAAUGUUGGUACAUUUGAAUUUUAUUCACAACCAUCCAAUCUUUUGUGCUGACGCCUUAAGACACCGUGAUGUAUCAGAAGCUGUGUAGAAGAAGUUUUUGGAUAUGUUUGCAGUGGGAUAUUCACCAUCAGCUGCCCUCCAUGCACACAAGUAUGAUCUACAAGACAGACAUGGGGACAAUUAUGUUCUAGUUGCUGCUGACCGCCGAGAAUGCCCUGAUCAACAGUGGUGCUACCAUAUAAAGAUUCUACAGGAAAUUAAUAAUUUACAUAAUAGUUGUACUACAAAAUGUAAUAAGGAAAACUAUGGAGAAUAUGAUGGCGAAGCAAUGCUCAGUGACCUUGAGGCAAAGAUUCAGCAAGUUUAUGAAACAAAUAAUGAAGAACUUGCCAAGAUAAAGCGAGUUGGUGAAAAUGUGGUUGUUGCCAUAUGUACACCACUGAUGAAACGUGUCCACAGAAAUAUAAAACAGAGUGGUGAACUUGCUUUUAUUGAUUCUUUGGGUGGUGUAGACCGUCAUGGCUGUCGUAUUUUUGUGAUUCUGACACAUAGUUGUGCAGGAGGUCUUCCAUUAGGUUUACUUAUCACCACAUCGGAAACUGAAGAGGUAAUAACAGAGGGCCUUAAUCUUCUUAAGCAGGUUUUGCCUACCGAUGAUUUCAGUGGUAAUCCAGAAAAAGGACCAUCUGUUUUCAUGACAGAUGACUGUGAUGCUGAGAGAAAGGCGAUUGCAAAUGUGUAUCCUCAGUCCGUAGCUGUUCUUUGCACAUUCUACAUUUUGCAGGCUAUGUGGAGGUACUUAUGGGAUAGCAAACACAAGAUUAAGAAAGGCAAUAGGCCACGAUUAUUAGGCAUGGUUAAGGCGAUCCUGUAUGCCCCCUCAGAAGCUCAGAUGCAUGCUCUAUAUGAAGAGUUAAUAAGUGAUGUUAGGGGAAAUAUUUAUCCACGGUUUGUAGACCAUAUAAACAAAUUAUAUGAAAGACGUGACAAAUGGGCUUUGUGUUACCGUUCCAAUCUACCAAUGCGCUCAAACAACACUAACAACUACUGUGAGGCAGCAAUGCGGAUUUUGAAAGACCAUGUAUUCCAACGAACUAAGGCUUUCAAUAUGGUUCAGCUGUUUGAUUUUCUUUUAACGAGGGUCGAAGUGCACUAUGAACGGUGAUUAAUUGAUGUUGCCAACAAUAGG